AACGCAGAUAUAUGCUGGUCCUAUCGACGCGACCCGUCUUGACAAUUUUGAGGUUUCUUUUGAUUUUGUGGUGAAACGGGUAAACUUUCAGAUAGCCUGUGGAGUUUGUCUGACAAGACAAACAAUGACUUCAGCAGCUGUGAUGGAGGUGGCUAAGCCACGCUUCGACAUGGAUUCUCCAAGAUGGGAUCAGACUACCUUCAUGGGUCGACUCAAACACUUCUUCAGUAUUACAGACUCCAGGCUAGCAAUCAGCACCAAUAAACAGCUAGAUGAUGCUAAGGAUCUGGUACAAAACUACAAACUUGGAAUGGAGCCUCCAGGAACCAAAGAGGAGCAGCUUCGAUACGCUCAGAGACUCUACAUGUCCGCUUUCCACCCAGACACAGGAGACAGACAGAACUUCAUUGGUCGGAUGUCCUUUCAAGUUCCAGGUGGUAUGCUCAUCACUGGUGCCAUGAUGCAGUUCUAUAGAACUGUACCUGCUGUAGUGUUCUGGCAAUGGGUGAACCAGUCCUUCAAUGCUCUAGUUAACUACACAAACAGAAAUGCAGCAUCGUCAACAACUAAUUGGCAAAUUGGCACAGCCUAUGCCACAGCCACUGGGGGUGCUCUGGUCACAGCUAUAGGACUUAAUGCAUUAACCAAAACUGCGCCUCCUCUGAUAGCCAGGUAUGUCCCGUUUGCUGCUGUAGCUGCAGCUAACUGUGUGAACAUUCCCAUGAUGAGACAACAGGAGCUCAUCAACGGUAUCGUCAUCUAUGACGACCAGGGCAAAGAGGUCGGAAAAUCAAGGAAAGCAGCAGUAAAAGGCAUUUCUCAGGUAGUCUUCUCUAGAAUUUUCAUGGCAGCUCCUGGCAUGUGUGUGCUACCAGUUAUUAUGGAACGCUUGAUAAAAUACCCAUGGUUCAACAAAGUACCUGUACUGCAUGCUCCGUUCCAAGUCUUGGGUGUAGGAUGCUUUCUGGUCUUCAUGACACCAUGUGCAUGUGCCUUGUUUCCUCAAAAGAGCACCAUCGCUGUAUCCAAGCUGGAACCUGACACAAGGAAAGCUAUACAAGACAAAUAUGGCGACUCGCUACCCUAUGUCUUCUAUAACAAGGGCUUGUGAUUCAAACAACCAAUGUAGUUAGUCAAAUUAGAUAUUAUUCACAAAUUUUAUAUUUUUAAAAGCUCUUAUCAAUUGUGACAUCUGGGAGCAAAGUAUUUAUCCCUGCGAAUGAAAAAAACUGUCAUGCAUUCCACAUGAUUUUACAAUUGAUUUUUAAAAUCAAAGAAUAUAUGAUGCACAAAUGAGCCAUUCCUUGCAAGGUAUCCCCGAUGACAAUUGUCUUUUUUAUACAUAUCGAGGGGCCAGUGACACAAAGACGCAACUCCAUUUUGGCCAUUUUGAGAAAAAGCGGUUUAUGUGUCACUGAGCUCUUAGGCCUUAAGGAGUAACUCUAUGUUUCACUUGCCAUUGACUUCAAUGGGAUGUUAGGUGGAGUUAAGUCUUUGUGUUUCCUGGAAAGCUCACAUUUUCUGAGCAUUUUGAUAUCAAAUACUCAUUGUGGAGAAAUAUGGAGUUACGUCUUUGUGUCACUGAACCCUCAAUAUUUCAACCAAAAAUGCAGAAUCUCUUGAUGCGACCAUUGAAUUAUGGUGCUGUCUAGAAUCCAUACCUCCAGUCAUAGCCAUAUCAAGAGAUGUUUCAUUUAUUCAUUGAAUAUACAAAUAAAUAUCAUAUGUAUCACAAUAUACAGGGCACAUUGCAGGGAAUUAGCCACAAAUACCUCACAGUGCAAUACCCAUUAAAUAGUAUUGUCACAAUGGCUUUAUUGUAUUGUGUAUUGAAAGGAGUAAAUAAUGUGGGAAACUGCAUCGUUUUUUUGUGUGUGUUUGCGGCAAGUGGGGAUGAAGAAAAGUUAGCUGCACAAUCAAGAUUAAGGUGCUGUAUGUGUAUUCACUAUUUGUUUGUUAUAACAUUCACUCAGUAUGUGUGGUAUAACAGGGAGAUGUUAGUAAAAACUCAGUCUUCCUGGUUAAAACAUACAGAAACAUGAAGCAUAUUGCUCUUAUGUCAUUUUUUUUUUGAAAGCUACAGUUUACUAUUUUAUAUGUGAACGAAACUAUGAUCAAAACUCUUUUUCUUUUAUGUGAAAAGAAAAAUUGACUUGGCUCAAAUUGUGUAAUGUAGAUUUCAAAGUGAAUAAUCUGUUGUCAUUUUGACAAGAUUAGUUUCCACGAGAUUAUCCUGCCUUGACCUCAACACAACUAUUCCUACAAGUAAAGUAUGGUUAAUUUGGAGACCAUGUCCAUUUAAUGUUAUAUUUUGUCUAAAACUUAGAUCAUGGGACUGUAAUCUGUAAUACUGGACAAAACAUGAAAGAUUGAAAUUUUGUUAUUACAGUAAAUUAUUAUAAAACAAUCUCUGUAACAUUUUCAAGUUGGGUACCAUGUUCGCAAUGUGCUGUUUUAAUUUAUGAGUAAUGUUGUGAGAGCUGAUGCAUUUAUGAAGUCUUCCACAAUGACUAUGAAUCAAUAAAUUGCAAGCGUACCUCACAAUAUGUUUCUUUAUUCAUGACGCCCAUUGCUUUAAAGUAUGCUUCCUGAAAGAAAUGAUUAUAUACAUUUCUUAAAAUUCUAUUCUUUCAAAACUAUGUGUGCUAUAAAAAGAGGUUUGGUUUUACAUUGAAAAUGUGACCAUUCAUCUCUCUUUUGGACUACAAAAUCUCA